CAAUAUAGUUUAAUCGCAGGACAUUUCUACUUUGCACACACAAUGCUACUACUUAGUUAUGUUGUUAAUUUAUAUUUUGGUUCUAAUUUUUCAUACUAAUACUAAUUAAUUAUGUUAUUGUCCUAAUUAAGUUAUAGUAGUUAGGUCUCCUAUUUUUUAAAGUAUUUAUAUGAUGUACACAGAAAACAAGACCAACCAGAGGAAGACACUUAGAGGUUUGGAAGAAAGAAGUUUUAGAGUGAGUGAGUGAAUACUUUUUGUAAAAGCCUGUGAGAUUCCUAUGGCUUCAAUUCAUACAGUUAAAUUCUUACUGUUCUUUGUUCCAUGGUUCUGGACCUGCAACUUUCUACCUCUUUCUCAAGGGAAAUAUGAUUACCCUUAUAUAAAAAAAGCGAGUUCAUUCUCUUCACCGUCAAUUUCAGAUACAUCAUUGAACAAAGCUUAUGAUUAUAUAAUAGUUGGAGGUGGAGGUGCAGGGUGUCCUUUAGCAGCAACACUUUCACAGAAUUUCAGUGUGUUAUUACUUGAAAGAGGUGGUGUACCAUUCACUAACCCAAAUGUAACAUUUCUUGAAAAUUUUCACAUUACCUUGGCAGAUCUUUCAUCAACUUCAGCUUCACAGUACUUUGUUUCAACUGAUGGAGUUUUUAAUGCAAGAGGAAGAGUUUUAGGUGGUGGUACUUCUAUUAAUGCUGGUUUCUAUACUAGAGCUAGCUCAAGGUUUAUAAGUAAGGUAGGGUGGGAUGCAAAGCUUGUAAAUGAGUCAUACCCUUGGGUUGAGAAGCAGAUUGUUCAUCGUCCAAAGUUUUCGCCUUUUCAAAGAGCAGUGAGGGACAGCCUUAUAGACACUGGAGUCUCUCCUUUUAAUGGCUUCACUUAUGAUCAUAUUUAUGGAACCAAAGUUGGUGGAACCAUUUUCGACAGAUUCGGUCGCCGUCACACAGCUGCUGAACUUCUUGCUUCUGGAAACCCUGAAAAACUUACUGUUUUGGUCCAUGCCACUGUCCAAAAGAUUGUUUUUGAUACAACAGGUAAAAACCCAAAAGCUGUAGGGGUUAUUUUCAAUGAUGAAAAUGGGAAACAACAUGAAGCAAUGUUGGGAAAUGAUAAGCAAAGUGAAGUGAUAUUGUCUAGUGGAGCAAUUGGUUCACCUCAAAUGCUAUUGCUAAGUGGAAUUGGGCCUAAAGCUGAACUCGAAAACUUGAACAUCUCGGUGGUUCUCGACAACCAUUUCGUUGGAAAGGGAAUGAUAGAUAAUCCAAUGAAUGCACUUUAUGUUCCUUCUAAUAGGCCAGUUCAUCAGUCACUCAUUCAAACUGUAGGUAUCACCAAGAAAGGCAUAUACAUUGAGGCUAGUAGUGGAUUUAGUCAGUCCAACAGCAGCAUUCACUGCCAUCACGGUAUCAUGUCCGCUGAGAUUGGACAACUUUCCACAAUUCCUCCUAAGCAAAGAUCAAUAGAAGCUAUUCAAGCUUACGCGAAGAACAAACGAGACAUACCGGUUGAAGCAUUCAAGGGAGGCUUUGUCUUGUCAAAAGUCAGCAGUGCUUGGUCAGUCGGUGAGCUCAAGUUGAUCAACACCAAUGUGAAUGACAAUCCUUCUAUUACCUUCAACUACUUCAGUCAUCCACACGAUCUGAAGCGCUGCGUCGAAGGGAUCAGAAUGGCACUUAAAGUAGUCCAGUCGGAACACUUCACAAACUACACAUUGUGUAAGAAAAAAACUGCUGAGAAACUUCUUAACCUUAGUGUGGAGGCAAAUGUCAACUUCAUACCGAAAAAUGCCAAUGACACAACAUCCCUGGAGCAGUUCUGCAAAGACACUAUAAUCACGAUUUGGCAUUACCAUGGUGGAUGUCAUGUCGGGAAGGUAGUUAGUCCUGACUAUAAGGUUCUUGAUGUUGAUAGACUUCGAGUUGUCGAUGGUUCGACAUUUACAGAAUCACCAGGAACAAAUCCACAAGCCACUGUCAUGAUGAUGGGAAGGUACAUGGGAGUGAAGAUUUUGAGAGAUAGGUUGGGAAAAUUGGCUGGUAUAUAAGGAAGAAAUAAUGUGCUGUGUGAAGAUCAGUUCAAGUGUUAUAGAAACAAACAAAAGUGUGUAAUUGAAGAUAAGAGAAACUGUUGCACAUCAAAAAUAAGAAAAAAAAACUAUUGGCUGUAGGAUUGGAAAUGGAUGUAGUUUAUUUGUUGUAAUUUCUAGAAAAAAUGAUUAUUAGUAAUCAAGAAAGUCUUGGUUUUGAGGAGGAAUAAGUUACUUUGGUGAA